AAUGUAAUUUGUAUACAUUUGAUUGAUUAGCAUCAGUUGAUCUGUUCAGCUGUUUAGGUAGUUUAUACUUUUUAUUUUUAUAUAAAAAGUAUUGUGAAUAUUACAUAUAAAUUAUAUUUGUAAAAACAAUAUACUCCGUGUUGACUUGAAUCAAAUAAUUUAUUAUGUUAAUUGUACACAAGUGACAAAAUAACGAGAACUUUUUAUUUAUUUUAUUUAUAAUUUUAAAAAAAUGGCAACAAAUCAAAGCACUCGUCAAGUAUUAUUGUCACUUAUCGAUGACAUUGAAUUAAUUGCAAAAGAAAUGAUUGAAAAUACAAUAGCCCAAAAACAUAUGAAGCUAUCAUCAGCAGAAUAUGCUCAAUUAGUAGAGCUAUUAGUUGCUAAAAAUAAUGACUUCAAGUCCAUGUUAAAGCAAGCUGCUGAACAAGAGAAAAUUAACUUAAAAAUGGAAGCUCUCAAAGCUGAAGUUGAUAAACAAGAUCAAGAUAUCCAACAAUUGCAACGACAAUUAAAAGAAGCAGAACAAAUUUUAGCAACAGCCAUUUAUCAAGCUAAGCAAAAACUUCAAUCAAUUGCAAGAGCUAAUAAAAAACCAGUACCUUCAGAAGAACUUAUUAAAUUUGCUCAUAGAAUAAGUGCUUCAAAUGCCAUUUGUGCUCCUUUAACAUGGCAGCAAGGAGAUCCACGACGACCUUAUCCAACAGAUAUUGAAAUGAGAUUAGGAUAUUUAGGAAGACUAAGUGAUUUACCUUCAAAUGGAUCAAUGCUCGGAUCACACUCAGGAAUUACAUCCGAUUUACAUAGGCCUGGACAUCCAGAACCGCCAGCAUCUUUGACAAAUCAAUUUGCAUGGCAUCCUUCUGGUGAGAUCAAUAUGACAAUGGGUGGACAAGGAAGUGUAGCAAUUAAUACUCAUAAACAAGAAAAUGAAGAUGUAGAAGUUAUGUCGACUGAUUCAUCGAGUAGUUCAUCUAGUGAUUCACAAUGAGACAGUAAAA